GGGCCGCCCCCCGAGGUGACAUUCCAGGAGGUGACAUUCCAGGAGGUGACAUUCCAGGAGGUGACAUUCCAGGAGGUGACAUUCGAGGACGUGGCCGUGUAUUUCUCCCCCGAGGAGUGGGCGCAGCUGGCGCCCUGGCAGCGGGCGCUGCACCGACAGGUCAUGUGCGACAACUACGACCUGGUGGCCAGCCUGAGGGACCCCAACUCCAAGUUCAGCCACGUGAAGGAGGAGUCACACGGGGGGGUUCCCUGCGCUGGGGGGCACAGCGGAGCUCCCGACACCAUUGACACGGCAGGUGCCUGGAGCGGGUGUGACAGCAAGGAUGACACCGGGGGACGCUGGGACCCGCGGGCCGAUGUCCCCCGCUCCUGCCGGC